AUGCGACAAAGAUCAUUGUCGCAGUGCAGGACAGUAGGGAUCGGUACACAACAUCGCCAUGGGGGUAAGUUUUUGUUGAGCCAGUAUGGGGACACCAAUAACGAUACUAAUCACCAGAUAAAGAGCUUGGUACACUACGGGUUUGACCUCGUGCUAGUGCUGAUCAUUUUGGCGGCGGUCCACCGCAACACCGGCCUUGUUUUCGACACCAGUCACUUCAGCUCGGUCGACAUCCGCCGGUGGUUUGGCAACUACUUGGCCAUCGGCGAACGGGGGUACGACUAUACGGUGCUGUUGUUGAGAAUGCUGGGCUACUUCAAGCAGAGAAACUUGAUGUUGGACAUGGCCGAACGCAAGGCCAACGAGUUGUUGAAGAGCCAGACGGGGCGGGACGUCGCCGACUUCACCGAGACGAGAGAGAUCCAGUAA